UGUAAGAAUAUCUUGUUUUCGUAUAACAAUGUUUGUGUAGUGGCUAGCCUAGAUGAAAAGUAUAUAUUCAUCCAUAUUAGUGAUAUUCUUGUUACCUUUUUGCAUCAAUAUCAUAACAUUGAAAAAACUCAUAUUUAUUGUUCAUAAAAAAUUUGUCGGCAUGAAUCACAAGGAAAUCUAACAGUCGGCAGAGAAGAUGACAAGACAAGCUUGGGCCCACCAGGAGCAGCCGAGGAUCUGCAUUUACCCGCCUGACUCUUGCUAGCCGGGAAGAAUCUAAUCCCAUGCCGGAUGAAAGAAAACGACCAUUCCAAGAGGUAACCCAGAGGGAUCUCACACGAACAAUCAAGCAUGAUUCUUCAUCCAAACCGAGCGGACGAUAGAAGCCGCCUGAAUCUUGACGAGCGGCUAGCACUUUCCGGUCGAUGCCUCGACUAUGAUCGCCUAUAUUAUAAUUCGGUCGAACGCCUUUUCAGGCUUCCGACUUUAUAAUUAUGCACGACCUAAAAUAUCACCAACCGUACCUACUUUACAUCGUAUGUAUCACACACUUCAGGACAACUCCGACCUUCGACCAUGUUGUCUCUUCUCUCGAACCGUUCAAGUAUAACACACAUCUGUACUGCUUCAAUCCUUCAGUUGCCUUUCACGAUCUCCUUUCAUUUCCUCUUAAAAGGCCUUUCUCCUGCUUGAUACUUGUUCAAAUAGAUACGACUUCUAUGCUCGGUAUGUCUCUUUGGAUAUGUAAUUCUAACAUUAUAAAAGAAAAAAGACUGAGUGUUGCAUAAAGCCCGAACUACGUGCAACACUCCGACUCUUGAAACCGUGAGUAUUGGAGCAGAAGAUGGAGCUAGCCCAAAUGGUGGAGGACAAGAAUCAGAUGGAAAAUACCAACAGAAACAACUCCAUGAAAGAAUUACACGAGUAACUUGAUGACCAUGCCACCAAAGACCCAUACAAUAUCAUUUCAGCGGGAGGUGCUGAAGGAGAAUAAUGUAGAGCCUGUCCAAGGGUCAACUUCAAGCGCCUUGCAGAGUUAGAGAUUCAGGAGAAGUGAGCAAAGUUGCUAUGUUUUUUGGUGAUGAAAAGUUUGAUGCUGGAAGUAGUUAUGAGGAUUGGACAUUAGAAAUUUUCACAGUGUGAUGAGGAGGUAGAGGAGCUUGAUCAAGUGGCAAUUUUCUUUUAUCACCUUGAGGACAAAGUGCUUUUUUGGGAGUUUACACCGGCCUAGCCUAAGGGGCAAUUGGGUCUUUUAUUAUUUAUUAUUGUUUAGUAUAAAUAGAUCUUAAUAGGUUUAGGGUUAAGCAUGCAUGAGAUUGUGUCUGGAAUCUAUGGUUUAGGGUUUGGGAGAAAUUUCCGAACUCUCGAAUUGUAGGAAUUGGGAGAGAGUCUACCUCUCAAAUUGUAGAUGCAUAUGUUUGUAUUCAUCUUGAGUGUUUGUUCUUGUAAUAAAAUAUUAUUUGUCAUGAUUUCUGCCAAAAAUCGUAUAAUAAGACUUCAUGAGGCUUUUACAUGUGUACCACCUAGUUCCUAUGCAUUUACAUAUCACAACAAAAAUGAUGUUUUUUUUACUGAAUGGGCAAUCUUUUUCCAUUGGAGCUGAUUUAUAUUUUCUCGCCAAUUUUUUUCUUAGUUGUUUGUAAUUCCAUUAGAGAUUUUCAAGUGGAUCAUCAUACUUUUUGCUGCAAUCAUACUUAACCGUUCAUCCAUAGAACAAUAUCACUCUGUUUUCUUCUUUCUUCACUCCGGGUUAUACCAAUAAAUCAUACUGGAUGGCCUGCAAUAUGAUUGUCCAUGUUGGUUACAGAAAGGAAAGAACGAAUCAGGAAUUUAUGAAAUGAAUUUACCAUGAACGAACCCCUAGAAUAGCAGAACUUUGCCAAAGAAAAUGUAUGUGGAUACAAGUUUCAUUGUCCGCUAAUCAUUACAACAGAACGAACCCCUAGAAUAUACUCGUUCAAAAUAUAAAAUGUGUCUUCAGGAUGACCUCGAUGAUAUUCUAAGUUUGCAUACUUCUCUUCUUUCUAACAAUUUAGUAUUUCAGUGAUAAUAUCAAACUCAAAUUUUGAUCUUGGUCUGCAGGAGCAAUUAUUAGGUGCAGAGUCCGCACAUUUGGAUUUGGUUGUAUUUUGGAUUUAUUGAUUGUAUUGAUACAAUCAAGAUAACUAAAAUACAACAAAAUCUGUUGUACGGAGGCCGCACCUAAUAAUUUUUUGACAUAAAUUUUGACUCUUGUUUAAUGUUAGGUUUAUGUUUGUGAAUUUAUUCUAAUAUUGGUGCAUAUUUAUAUUCCACGAUGUGAAAAGAAUUUAACAGUAAUUGUAAAUCUUCACCUAAUUCAUCCUUAGAUUUGAACAAGGCAUCAAUUGAAGCUUGUCAGGUCAAUCUUCUGUAUGGUAUAUUUCUGUUGUAAUCAUCCCUUUUAGGGUCAUUAAAAACAUGCCAAUCAAGCGGAACAUUACAAUCUUCAUCAGCAUAAAGGUUCUCGUAUUCUUGUCAGAUUAUCUUGUCUAUAUGGAAAGUUUUUUUGGUGCUUCAUACAUAUCUUAUUUACAUUUUAGUCUAGUUCAUCUGAAAUUUAAGACGUUAUUUGUACCAGUGUUAUAAUAAUAUCUUUAAUCUGUGUUGUUUCUCUUGGUUAAAAUACGGGCUUUACACUGGCUUGAAUAUUUUCUCAGAAACUGUAAAUUUAUCGGCACCACUCGACUCAAAUGGAGUGACUUUUUGUGGCCGUAAGGGUUGGAAGAAAAACGUGAGAAAAUUCAUGGGUAUUAUCAUAUGAAAAAUUCCCAUAUUCAACAUCUGCCACUGCUGAAUAUGGGAAUUUUGGAAUUCAAACUAUAUAUGUUGGGCUUGGUAAUUGUUGAGCCUCAAUGUUACGCUUAGGCUUUGUUUCGGCGGUAGGGCAGCGGUGUGGUGGGGGCCGUUAUUCUUCACUGUUUGGGGCAGCGAGUGAGGCUCGAUGCUGCGCGUUUUAGGUAAAAAGCGGGCUGCGGAUUCGACCCUGUGGCCCCGCUUUCUCCUUCGGCUUUUUCCAUUGGUACCCUGCUUUCCCCGGCUACGAGCUCUCCCUCUCUCUAUCCUUCGAAGCGGAGACACGUAGCGAUUCGUCCAGCGUAGACGGCGACCGAACAAAAAAAUCCUCUCUAAGAACUUUCUAGAGUGGAGUCGAGGAGGCUGCGUGAUUCUUCUCAGAAUGAAGAAUCAAAGCGCUCAUCAGGCCAUUGGAAUUCCAGUAAGCUCUGUGAUAUACGCAACUGGGGACUUGAAAGGUGAAGCUGCCGAGCGUCUAUCUCUCAUGCCCGCUUCUUAUGGUUCUUCUCAAUUUCAAAAGAGUAGAAAGCAUCCACUUUUUCAUUGGAUGAACAAGUUUAAGAGCAACGCAAAUAGUUAUGCUAAAGGAAUAUGUGACCAUGUGAGUUUGGGAUCCACUGUCUCUCAAACUGUGAAGGGGAAGUUGAGCUUGGGCAUGAGGGUUAUUCAAGCCCGAGGAAUUGGAAGAAUUUUCAGACAAAUUUUCUCUGUAAAAGGAGAGAAUUUGUUGAAUGCCUUCCAAUGCUAUUGGUCAAGCACAGCCGGUCCUAUUCCUGCCAGAGUUCCUUGCAAGGUCAUAAUCCCUUUGAGUAGAACGAAAAGAGCUUGCCAAAGUGAGAAUAUAAACAAGCCAAGCCAAAAGUACAUCCAAAUCAUCACAGAAGAUGACUUUGAGUUUUGGUUCAUGGGUUUUCUUUGUUAUGAGAGAUCUUUCAAUUUCAUAAAGAAACAACUUCAUUGACACAACUCUCACUGUAGAAAACAAGUGAAGGAACAAUUACUUGCUGUUUGUGAAGUAUUUAAACUUCUCAAAGUCUAACGAGAGUCAGUUCAAUGCAACCUUAUAUUUAGGGUCUUCAACCUUUGCAAUUUUUUGUGAAAUACAUACAAAGUGCACUUGUAACAUGAAAGUUUUUAUUUGGAAUAUAAAUGAUGUAAUAUGAAAGUUUAUAUA